GCUCUUUCUGAAGGAGCCACUACAUUUUCAACCUCGCAUACUACCUAUUUGCCUGGAGAAGAGUCUGGAGCAAGUGAAAAAUAAACAACUCUAUGACUGCUGGCUACCCAGUUGGUCUCUUACGAGGGGAAAACCUGGAAUUUUGCAAAAAAGACACCUGAGCAUCCUGCAAGCCAGCACUUGUACACAAUUUGGGCCCGAGAUAAAUGAAUUAACUUUCUGUGUGGAAGCCAGGAACACUACUGGGGAGGCUGGCUGUAAGGGUGAUAUAGGAGCUCCUCUGGUGUGCCGCCUACAACAGAAGAACACCUGGGUACAGGUGGGAAUAUUGAUUUACUUUGAUGAACAUUGCCAAAAGCCCUACAUCUUCAGCCAAGUGAGCCCUUUCAUUUUCUGGCUCCAGGGAGUAACAAGGCCUUGCCAUGCACCCUGGUCUCAGCAAUGGUCCAUGAUUAACUCUGCUCCUACAUGCCUUUCAGUCUCUACCUCUGGAAAUGCUUCAGAGUUUACUUCUAGUUCAGCUUCUAUUCAGCCACACUUCAUUUCUCUACCACAGCCUCAGAGGAAGACCCAAGACAAUACUACUUUGACAGAUCGGAUUUCUCUUCAUUAUGCUAUGCCUGGGCAGGCCAUUAUCAUAAACUGUGGCAGUCAAGUCUGCAGUGGAUCCGUUAUUAGCAGCUCUUGGUUUCUCACUGCUGCCCACUGUGUCAGAAACAUGACUCCUGAAGAUUCUGUUGUCAUACUGGGCUUUAGACAUCCUGGGGCACCUCUGAGAGUUGUCAAGGUGUCUAACAUUCUAUUGCAUGAGAGAUUCCGGUUGGUGAAUGGGGCAGCAAAAAAUGAUCUAGCAUUAUUGCUCCUUCAAGAAGUCCAGACACCCCUUCCGAUAUUAGCGCCUUUGGGCCAUAUGAAGAAUCUAAGCAACUCAGAUUGUUGGCUUACUGGACCACAAAUUCUUAAACCAGGACAUACAGAUGAAAAUCCAGAAAUGUUACAGAUUCAGGUUAUGCAAACUUCGACCUGUGCCUAUCUAUACCCUGAUAUAGGUGGUUCUGUUAUUUGCUUCAUUGCUAAGGCCAAAGGUGCUGACACAAUUAUGGAGCCAGUGAGUCCGGGCAGUGCAGCUUUGUGCAGAGAUGUGACUGAAAAUGGCAGAUGGAGACAAGUAGGCUUUGCCAGUGUCAAGGCUCUAGCUACCAUUGUGAGUCCACAUUUCUCCUGGAUCUUAUCAACUUCAGAAAAAUCUGGUUAUCCAAUAAACCAGGCCAUUAUGCCUUGGAUGGAAAAGCCAAAAUCCUCCAGUCUCCUGAAACAAUCAAAUACAUUACCACUUUUGUCAAUACUGAUUGCUGCAGCCCAGACAAUUUUAUAG